AUGACGAAAGUCACCAUUUGCCAAGGUUUUGCUUGGCUGUCACAGCUAUGCCAUCGGUGGGAUGACACCCAGAAAUGCUGUUUUGCCUACAGUUGCAAUGCUCGGUUUCCGUACUUCUAUGAAUACUUGGGAAAUACCCAUAAGCUAGUUAUUACACCUUUGACUGACAGGUGUUACAUUAGUCUGACCCAGUCUCUCCACCUAACAAUUAACAGUGCUCCUGCAGGACCAGCCAGAACAGGUAAAACAGAGACCACCAAACAUCUGGAUGUGGUGUACAUCUUCAGCUGUUCCAAGCAAAUGGAUUACAAGUCUAUAGGGAAUAAUUGUAAAGAUUUGGUCCAGAAUGGUGCUUGAGGUUGCUUUGAUGAAUUCAGUCACAUCUCCUGAAAGGAGGUUGGAGCCGGGGUAGAAGUUCUGUCAGUGGUGGCAAUACGAGGAAAGACUAUGCACAGAGAACAAGAAAAUUCUUAUAACAGAUUUUUAUUCCUUGUUGAACAUGUUACAUUGAAAUCAGUUGGAAUAUUUAUUACUGUGAACCCAAGAUACACAGGUUGAACCAAUCUACCUGAAAACCUCAAAGCUCUGUCCAGACUCUAUGCCACGGUUGUCCUUGAUGCUGAACUGAUCUCUGAAAUUCUGUUGGUUGGUGUAGGGAUUAUUGCUGCAUGUCUGUUAGCCAGAAAAUUUAUUACCUUGUGUACUCUCUGCAGGGAGCUUUCUAAUCAAGAGCAUUAUGACUGGUGACUCUGUGCUAUCAAGUCAGUUUUGGUAGCUGUUGGCUCACUGGAAAGAGGAAACAAGAAUGCCAUCCUUUUCCAGGUGCUGAUGUGAGCCUUAAGAGACUUCAGUUUGCCUAAAAAAGUGACAGAUGAUAUCCAAAUUUUCAUGGGCUUGAUCAGUGACCUGUUCCCAUCUCUGGAUAUUCUGAGGAAGAGGAACCUGCAAUUUGAACAGAUAGUUAAACAAUCUACCUUGGAGCUUCUCUCGCAGCCUGAAGAGAGCUUUAUUCUCCAAGUGGUUCACCUGGAGGAGCUCCUGUCAGUGCAUCUCUCUGUGUUUGUCAUUGGAAAUGCAGGGACUGGAGAGAGUAAGAUGCUGAAAGGUCUGCAUCACAUGCAUAUGAACAUGGAACAAAACCCAGUUUGGAAUUCUGUUAAUCUGAAAGCUCUGACAGAUGAUACUGGUUUCACACAUCGUGGCACCUGAGACUGGAAAGAUGGUCUCCUGUCAUCUCUUCUGAGAGAGCAAGCUAAUAUUACCCAUGAGGGGCCAGUAGUUAGUUUAGAUGGAGAUAGAGAUCCUGUGUGGAUUGAGUCACUCAGCACUGUUAUGGAUGGUAGCAAGGUUCUGACCCUUACAAGCAAUGAAUGUGUGCCUAUCAUUCCAUUGGUGUGGCCACUGUUUGAGGUGCAUCAUUUAAGAGCAGCCACCUCAGCUACAGUCCUAGCCAGAGAGGGCAUUCUCUAUCUGCACAUCCAGGACCCGAGAUUUACAUGUGGAAAGCCCUUGCUAAAUCCUGUCCAAGAGAAGAAGAAAAUAAUCUGUUUCACUGAUAAACUUGCUGAGGAUUUCAUAUUCAAAGCAAUUCAGUUCCAGUGGAUGCAGGUGGAUAUGCAAUUUGGUCAUACCUGUGAUCCAGUAGGAAAUAAGAAAUAUAUUAUCUAUGAUUUGCAUGUGCCUGGUGAUAGAUAAGCAACAUUUCAACCUCACACAUUGAUUGGACAGUAUGUAGAUGACAGACACUGGUAUGAUAGGCAGAAACUAAUUGUGAAAGAAAUUCAUAAUUGUCAGUAUAUUGCCUGUAGGAAUCCAAUUGCUGGCAGCUUCACUAUCAGCCCUAGGCUCCAGAGACAUUUUGCUAUAUUUGCUUUGAACUUCCCCUUCUCAGAUUCCCCGAAUGUGCAAGAGAGUUUGCUUCCACUCCCAGCAACGUGCUUUACUCCAUCAGUUGCUUGCUAUAGCAACAAUAUUCCAGCUAUAGCACAAGCAUACAUAUGGCUUCACCAGGCAAUGCUCAGUGCUUCAAACUUCCCAACUGCCAUUAAGUUCCACUGAAUCUUUAACAUGAGAAACCUCUCCAGUGUUUUCCAGGGAAUUCUGUUUGCUACACCUGAGUUUUAUCUCCACAUACAUGUGCUGGUUCAUGAAGCCAAAAGCUGUAAUUUCAUUCAUAAAGUGAUGAUGGAUAUCAUGCACAAGUAUUCUGAGGUAGAUCUCACAAGUUUGUACAUGAAGACCUGUGCCAAGAACAUGCCCACAGUAUUUAUGCUGACAGAUGCCCAGGUUCCAGAUGAACGCUCUCUUAUGCUGAUUAAUGACUUGUUGGCAUCAGGAGAGGUUCCAGUCUGGAACUUGCAAUCAGUUCUGCUGUUAAGGUAUGGAGAACAUUUCAUGGAGCGAGAUGCAAAUUUGUAUCAGUAUGAGGUGGAAGCAUGCCAGCUAAAGACAGUGGAUGACACCAUCAGAAAACAUGGGCCUGCAGAUGAAGUUCAUGCAAGGAUGUAUAUGAGAGAGGAGAUAAAGUUACACCACUCCAAAGAGUUUUCUAGAGCAAAUGACUCUUUAUAUGAUUCUCCUAGAGAAGAAAAGCAAGGAGAUGCUGGAGCACUUGAUGAAUGGUCUGCAGAAGCUGAAGGCAGCUUUCCAGCACAAAAAGCACAAAAGAAAACUUUAUGUGGUGAUGUCUUAUCAACAGCAGCAUUUGCGUCUUACUUUGACACAAAAUGUUCUUAGCAGAAACUGAUGGAACAUUUCUGGAUUCCUUUUCUGAAGACACAAAAGGUUCCCAUUCCUGUGAUGAAGGGCCUGGACCCAAUUGCUGCACUGACAGAUGAUGCUACAAUUGCAGCAUGGAGUAAGGAGGGAUUGCCUGGUGGCAGAGUGUCAACAGAAAAUGCCACUAUUUUAACAAACUGCAAGUGCUGGCCUCUGAUGAUGGAUCCUUGGCAACUGAGAAUUAAAUGGAUAAAGAAUAAAUACGGAGCUGACCUUAAAGUCAUCCAUCUAGGACAGAAAGGGUAUGUGCAUGCAGAAGAACUGGUUUGUAUAGCUUUGGCUUGUGGAGAGACUGGAGUAAUCAAAAACAUUGGUCAGUUUAUUGUUCCCGUACUUGAUCGUCUGCUUGGAAGAUUAAUAAGAAAAAGUGGCAAAUAUAUCAAGCUUGAAAACAAGGAAUGUGAAUUCCACAAGAAUUUCCAUCUCAUCUUUAACACUCCACUGCCUGACUCUCACUACAGCCCAGAGCUGCAGGCUCAAACCACCCUCAUUAAUUUCACUGGCACCAGGGGCUGGCUGGAAAACCAACUGUAGGCUGUUGUUAGUGCUGAAAGGUCAGAUUUAGAAAAACAUAAGUCAGUCCUGGCCAAGAAACAGAACUGAUUCACGACUUUGCUCAGGCAGCUGGAGGAGGACGUACUGCUCAGCCUGUUAGCUGCCCAGGGAACUUUUUGUGACAGUGAACUUGUAGAGAAACUGAAAUCAACAAAGUCAACUGCAGCAGAAAUGCAAUGCAAGAAUAUUCAUCUAGUAGCCAAGUGGCUAGGAAUUUUGGAAAAACUCCUCAAGCAUUACAGUGAAGAAAGCCAGCCUGAUUUCCACAUCUUUAUUAGUGCUGAACCAGAUCCAACCCCAGAAGACCACAUCACUCCUCAAGGAAUACUAAGAAGCUUGAUUAAAAUUAUCAGUGAACCUCCUACAGUGAUACUUGCUAAUUUAAAUGCUUCACUCUACAGUUUUCACCAGGAACUUGUCAACACAUCUUCAAGCUUGGUGCAAGUCAACUUCCCUGCAGCUGUAAAUCAUGUCCGCAAAGCAGACCAUGAUAAAGGCAACCACAACUCUACACUUUAG